AUGUCUGAAGAACCACUGAAUAUUGUGGUGAUCCACUAUGUAUCAAGAGACUUUAAUACAAGUGCAAUUAAAAUGGCCAUGCAGGGAUUUUCACUUGAGCAUGGAGACAAGCUUACAUUUGUUGUAAUUCUUCGGCCUGUUAGUAGUCCCACUAGGAUUCCCUUCAUUGCACCUGCCAGAUUGCGUGGAUUAUUCGACACUGAUCAGAAAGAUGUUGAGGAAGAGGUUGCCAAGAAGAAAGAAGAGCUUCUUAAUAAUGCAAGCAUCAGGGAAAUCUCUGAGCAGUGUGAAGCAGACAAGAUCCAAUUCCGGAUAGAAGUGAUUCAUGGCAAUUUACCAGAGGUUGCUGUAAAUGCCGCCAUACGUUUGGAUCCAACAUCAGUGGUACUUGAUAGACAGAUGAAGAAAUAUAAGAAGGAUUUCAAGCGGAGUCUCUCUUGUGCUUUGCUAAUAAUGAAACGUGACAACUCUAUGCAACACUUGAGAGGACCAAGGGAAACACAUCUGUGUGCUAGAAACAACGGCAAUGCAAGUUGUGGAAGAUGUUCUAAUUCUAAAUCUCCACCAACCAUGUUCCAAGUGGCAAAUUCAAUUUUCUGCUCCAAUUCCAGCUCUUCAAUUCCUACUCUUGAAAAGUUUGCGAUCCCCCAACUUCCUUCUCAAAUGAAACAAAUCGCUGAAGAUAGAGAACAAGACAUGGCAAGAGGGUAUUGCCUAUUGCCCAAUCCAGAUAAUCAAAAGACUAAUCAUGCUGAAUUGUAUCACAUAGAGACACCGAUCAAACAUAGCAGUAACCAUGAAACAUAUCGGACAGUUGAAAAAUUUAAAAAUUCUGUUUGCUCAGUAUGCAAGAACAGAAGACCGGAAAUUGAAGUGAUGAAAGAAUUCACAUACGCGGAGCUACAUGAAGCCACACAGGGUUUUUCCCCAAAUAACUAUUUGUCAGAAGGUGGAUUUGGUUCUGUCUACAAAGGGAAGCUUCAAGGAGGACUCAAGAUUGCUGUUAAGCAACAUAAGUGUGCAAGCCUCCAAGGAGAGAAGGAAUUCAAAUCUGAAGUUAAUGCACUCAGCAAAGCAAUACAUGAGAAUGUGGUCAUGCUGCGUGGAUCCUGUUCAGAAGGAAAUCACAGGAUUCUUGUGUAUGAAUUUGUUUGCAAUGGAUCACUUGACCAACAUUUAUCACAACACUCUCGUAAACCGCUUAGUUGGGCAGAAAGGAUCAAAGUAGCUAUUGGAACUGCAAAAGGCUUAUUGUACUUGCAUCAGAACAAUAUAAUACACAGAGAUAUGAGACCUAGUAACAUCCUUGUCACCCAUGAUUAUGAAGCAAUGCUUGGAGAUUUUGGUCUGGCCAGGACCGAACAAAUGGACUCUUUAUACUCCACAGAUGUUGUUGGAACUAUAGGUUAUUUGGCACCAGAAUAUGCAGAAUCUGGGAAAAUGUCAACCAAGACAGAUGUGUAUUCUUUUGGUGUGGUUCUUCUUCAGCUAAUAACUGGAAUGAGGACCGCAGACAAACGGCUUGGCGAAAAAAGUCUUGUGGGAUGGGCUAGGCCACUAUUGAAAGAAAGGAACUAUCCAGAUCUAAUUGAUGAAAGGAUGAUGGAUAAUCAUGAUUGCCAUCAGCUUUUUUGGAUGAUUCGUCUAGCAGAAAAAUGUCUCAGCAGAGAUCCUCAGAAGCGAUUAUCAAUGGAUACAGUGGUCAUUGCCUUAAAUCAUAUACUAGAAGGCAAUACAUGCAGUGUUGUACUGAGAGACUGUUCUCCAGCACGGUCAGAUUCAUCCUAUGACAUGUCAGACAUACUUAUAUCAGAUACCUCUCACUCUCAGGAAUUAGAAGGUGAAGAAGAUGGAAGCAUGUAUGCAGCAUAUGCUCCAAUUUGUUUAAGACCCCCACCAUCCCCUCCAUUAGGAAGCACUUCAUCAUCAAGUACAACAUCAAGCAUGUUCACAGGGCUAAGUGAAUCUCCUUCAGAUGAUUUAUCCAAUGAUGACAAUAAGGGUAAAAGGCCAAAUGAUCCAGGUGCCAUAUUUUGAACCAUGAUGGUCUUGUUUGAGAGUAGUUCAAAAGAUAAUAAGAUAGCUAUUCACUGAAAGUAAAAAUGAAACAGUUAUCAGAGUCUCCUCCUUUCAGAUAUAAAUAUGAUGUCUUGUUUUGUUCAUUCCAUGAACAUA